AGUCUAGAGCUCUUGGGAUCGGUCUGGGCACAUUGGUAAAAGCCAAACCAAAACAAUUCUGAAAAAAAAAAAAUUUAGGACGGCAGCCACAUGACGGAACCAUCGAAGGAGACCUCACAUGUGGUGGCAGAGGCUGCCCACGCCUCAACCCCAAUCGCCUCCAAAUCUCUUGAUGAGGCCAGGCCAGAGGAGUUUGACGAGGACAAACCGUCACCGGCCAAGGCACCCAAGAAACCGAAGGGCCAGAAGGCCAGUCGCCACUCUGAAUCCGACCUGGAAAGCGAGCUGAAGAAGCUUGCGCAACGUCGUAUUAACGUGGCAGGAGCCCCUAAAAUGCCACUCAAUGGCUACGUCCGUUUCAUGAACGACAGGCGCGAAGAGCUGCGACGCGAACAACCCCACCGCACGGCUCUGGAGCACACAAAAAUCAUUGGCGAGGAAUGGCACCAGCUGCCGGAGGAGCGCAAGGUUCCUUAUAUGGAAGCAGCCGCCAAGGAUAAGGCCGUAUAUCAGGAGCAGCUUCAACUUUUUCUUAAAGAACACCCCGAGAUUGUGGCCAGGGAACUGGCGAAGGCCAAAAAGGCUACCAAACUAGAGGGUUCUCCAAAGGAGAAGACCCCAAAGAGCGGCGGCAACGCCGAUACCAGUCUGGGCAAGGGGAAAAAAGCCAGGGCGAAGCCAAUAGCAGCGAAGAGGCAGAGCGAAGAAGACCCAGACGACGUUCCGCUAGCGCAAGUGAAACGAAUGCCGACACCUCCACCUCCACCGCCGCCGCCUAGUGCAGUACCUGCACCUGUGCCGGCCCAGCCCGUUCCCACCAGCCACAUGACACCCAUACCCGCAACGCUUCGUCUUCUUCAGGCUGGCGAAAUCCCCAUUUACACCAACGAGUUCAUCGAGCAUAAUCGCAGCACGGAGAACGAGUUAAGGACGCUGCGCAAGGCCAAGACGGAUCUGGAGCAGCAAAACGCUGUGCUCGAGCAGCAUGUCGACAACACGAAAGCCGGCUACGCCAAGGUCAUGGGCGAGGUAUCCGCGAUGAUGGUCGAGAACGCGCGUCUUGAGAGCUAUGUGAAAGGACUGCGUCAGAGACUGGUGUCUGCGCUCGGUGGAAUCCAACUGCCGCCACUGGAGUCUGCCGCUCCUCCCAAUGUGGACAACAUUGACAAGUACCUACGGCACCUUGCUGGCCUCAUUGCCCAGCCGACGGCCAACGCCAUGCUAGCCAAAGCCCGGGAAGCCCUGCGAAAGGUGGACGCCGCCAGCCUUCUGGUCAAGUCUUAACCUUAGGUCCUGCUAAUUCCAAUCAAGACUGCGUACUAUUUAAACACAAAACAUAAGCUUAAGAUAACAGUCCAGACAUGUGAAUGUUUUAAUAAUAUAUGAAGACAUCCAAA